GUUCUAGGGUGUUGCUAUGGCUGUUGAUCUCUGCCGUACGCUGAUUGGUCCAAAAUUCGUAAGGCUCGAUCUUAACCAAUCAGCAAUAAGUUCGCGAGGCCGCUUUCGCAGUCUGUGGCUCGAGACAUCAAGAGGCCACGAAAAGAUAAAAGAUAAUGAUUCACUUUUAGAGAAAAAUCUGCUUAUUUAUUCACAUAGAACAUUUAAUUAAGUUAAGAAUCAAGUUCACGGCCCUCCGAAUGGCAUUUGAAGGGGAUCAGGGCAUUAUGGCGAAUACACUUUUUCCUAGUUAUAAGCGUAAGGCCAGUUUGGACAUGGGCUGUGGAAGCAAUGGAUGUAUGCCGUUCAUUUCCAUCCCUGGCUUCAAUUUGCAGGAACCAAACAAUGAGUCCUGUGUUCCCUGGUCUCACAAUGCUCACGAUGAUCCCUAUGAACUUAUUUACUGUGCCCAGAACCACCUCAAAAACAGACCCCACGGAGACAGAGAUGUAUUUGGACCCUCUGAUUUUACUGAUGAUGGAGAGACUGAGCUGCAGGGACUUGUCUCCAAUAUUUUAGAUGAAACCGAUUCAAAGGACGUCCUUUGUAGCAACGGAAGCCUGGGUCAGCGCAGCAACAAUAUCUGGUCUCCAAAAAUACUGCGAGAUGAACUGCUUCAGCUUUUUCAGUCUGAGGCCAAAACUCAAUACAACUCAAACUUUGCCCCAAACACUUCGCGUGAUGUUUUUGGGAAAACACAGGCACAGGGCAUGAAUAAAGAGACUGAAGAUAUUUUUGUGCCCCCGUCUAAUGGCUUCAACAGCAAUCAACAAAUGCUUUUUAAGUUACCAAAUGGAGUCCAGAAUAGCUUUUCCCAGUCUCAAAAACCACCUCCUGGUCUCCCUCUCCCACAUAACAUGGCCAACAGCUACCUGCAGCUGCAACCAAAUAAUUAUGAAAACAUGCCAGUCAGUAAGGACAGAGCAAAUGGGGAAAAUAUUGGAAACUUCCCUGAUCUUAGCCACGUUUUUAGACCUCAGAAUGACAUGAACUGUAGCAAUUUGCUAUACGAAGACCACUACAAUCAAGCCAUGGACAAACCAGGGGGCGGCAAUGAGCAAUACACCUCUCAAGAUCUCAACCAGCUCGUCAGCAGUUUCCAGUCCUUUGUUACCAGUGAGCAAGACAGUACAGAGUUUUCAAAUGUGCGUGAAAGCAACAUGGCUCACAGAUGGGAGAGUCCAAAAACCUUUACGCAAGGUAACAGUUUUGUGCAGAUACAAGGACAGCUAGGUACAGAUUUUGGGAGAGAGAAAAGCAAUGCAACAAGGAAACAACUGUUCAAGCGGGAUUCACUUCAAGAUCUGUCAACCUACAACUUGCAAAAUACAGCGGAGUACUCACCUCAACAGAAGCUCUCAAUGGGGAAUGACAGUAAGAUAUUAGAAAGAGACAAUAGUAUGCACUCUUUUGCCAUGAACCACAAUCCACAGCAUCAGGUCCAGCAGAGCCCGCUAAAGUUCAAACCACAAAUGCAGAAGGAUAAGAAUUUUGGUGAUACUUGCGCCAUGAGAGCUCCAACCGGUGAAUUCCUACCAGAAGAGAAGCAGACAGCUUUGUCCCAAAACAGUUUCUAUAAUCGGCCUCCAAGAUUCGACAGAGAAAAUAACAAGAUCUCUCAGCAGUUCAUGCCACUUGUGUACGCCGGGAAUGACCCAAGAAGAUGCUCUAGUCAGAUACCAAAUGCCAACUUUAGUCCCAGAGGUUCACAGGUGUACAGAGGAGGUGUCCCAGAUAUGGAUAUGGCUAAAAUGGUGUCGACCUAUGAGAUGUCAGGAUUGAACGGACUGAAUGGAUUGAAUGGUUUGAACGGCAUCAUGAGCAGAAGAGGAGAAAGCACCUAUCAUGGCAUGUCCUCCACCCUUAGCCCCGCCCCCAUGACCCAAGGGGAACUCACGCUCCAGCUGCACUACUACCUGGACGAGUGCUAUGACCAGUGGAAGAGUUUAGAGAAGGAGAGGAAGAGGACAGAGAUUGUCAUCUCAAAGACAUUCCUGCGCAAACGGACCUCAGCACUCCCAAACUCCAGUCUGCCUAAAACUCCUCCAAACCCCACCAGAGUCGACCUCCUCAUCGUCAACCAGAUGAGAGAAGAAGCCCGGGUGUCUUCGCUUUUGAAAAAGAUGGAGUGUCUGUCCAAUGUCUCCCUCAGUGCCAAUAUCUAUGGCGCCCUGAGCAAGCACCACAUGGCCAUCUGCGUGACCACCGCCCGCCAUAAAGAAGAGAUCCUCAACCCGUCUCAGAACCAGCGAGGGCAUUUCAGUGAGGACAGAGAUACCAUGUUGCUGAUGAUUGCACUGAAGGAUCUGGUUGCCACCACCUAUAAACUGCGCAAGGCUCUGUGUUGUGCGCUGCAGAUCACCCUCCAAAAACCUGUCCUGAGACCAGAGCCCCCUGUCUGCGAGGGGGAGCAGGACGACAAUGGCCCUGCUCCUUUUGAGAAGUACUUCUACAGGUCAUAGGAGCCACGUUACUGCAGUCUGCCUUAUAUUAGUAUAUGUCCCUUCUGAAGAUACUAAAUGAUUAUUGAAGUAACAUUUUAUCUGCAAAGCAGCGAACACUGCAGAACAUGAGUUGUAAAUUUGACUAAAGUGAAACUUUAGCGUGUACCAGGUGGUUGAUUUUGGAUGUCGUAAAAAUGGAUGAAAUGUGUUGAUUCUAAAGGUAAUUUCAGAAAUUAGUGUCUGGUCCAAAUUCUUUCAAAUGUUUAUAUUUAAGGACACUAUUUAUGUAGGAAACAUGACUUACUUGCUUUAUUUAUUUAUUGUAACCUUAUUCAUCUCCUUCACUUGACCAAAAAUCAAAUCAUUCAACAUUAAUUUCCCAAAUGUGCCUGAGUUAUGUGAUGGUUUGAGUUUGAUGAAGCCAUUUCAAAAAAGGUUCAGUGGUUUAAUAUUAAUCACAAAUUUAGAGUGUCGUCUUUAUCAACUGCAUUUUCUAAAAGUGAAUUUUGUCACUACUUUCAGCAUUUGUUUGUAUUUGUCUCAGCUUUUGGGAAUAUUGAUUUAGUAGGUAGAACAUGUUUUUAAUUGUCUAAUUUACAGUUAGUAUUUUACCUUUCCUAUCAUUGUAUUAAAGCUAAGUUGGCAGUAGCCCUGCGCCACAUCAAAGUAUUUAUAAAACAAUUUGGUAAUUAUUGCUGUAUCUGCUUUGUUCCACAUGUUCAUGUCUUGUAUUUGUUCUGAAACCACAUUUUAAAAUAAAUCAGACAAGUGUA